CCUCAAUCGUCGGAAAACAAGCCGUUGAUGAGGAGUUGGGCCGUCGCCUCUGGGCAGGCAAAUGCAAAAGCCAGUUUUGUCGUCGCAAAGAGCAAGUCCCUGAUGGAUCCGCUCGCAAUACCAAAGGCAAUCCACAUCCCUUUUGCAAGCUGGUGGCGUCACUUCCGCCACAAUUGACACCGCAAACCCUGUUCAUAUUUUGCAUUGAGAUGCAUAUAUAUAUAUUUAGAGUAUGAGUAACACAGUAAACUGUUGCAG